AUGAGACUCCGGGGCGCAGCAGUGAACGUCGGAUCUUCCAAGGUUUGGUUUGGCACGCUGCACGCGUGGCGGGGCUUCCUCAUCGCGGCCCGAAUCCCUGCAACGCCAAUCGCGAAACGGAAGGACCCCUCGUCAUUUCUGUACAGCAAGAGCUCUCUUGCUCAAUUCACCCGCCAAAAACCUCACACACACGCGACACACAACAACUUGGUCAUCUUGCCGCGUCAAAUGAGAAGCGCGUCACAUUCUUUCAACGCCAGCUGUACGACCAUCACUACGUCACCAGCCACGUGUUCGCCCUCACAAAGCACCACCGCCGCAUCGAGACACGCACUUUCUUUCAGUCACGUCCACAAUACACCGCCCGCCAUGUCGGACAAUAAGGCAACAUCCUCAGAGCCCGAGCCAGCAAAUCUGACAAAACUCUCCAUCUCCGAUGACUCGAGCAAGCCUGCCGCCACCACCAACGGAAGCAAUCCAGCUGCCUCCACCUUCACACCGGGAAAGUUCAACUGGGCAGACGACGCCGAGACACCCACUGCAGACUCGGACAAGAAGAUGGACGCAACAAAGGCGGACAAGAAGAGCGAGGGCGAAUAUCUCGCAAAGGCGCAGACUGAUGGUGCUACCACCUGGCUGCGCGGCUCAGCUGGACUCGACGAGCCCGAGUUCAAUGUCAACGUGAAGCUCGCAGAUCUCCAAGCCGACCCGACAAACCCGCUAUACUCGGCAAAGUCUUUCGAAGACGCCAAUCUCGGACUCAAGCCGGAAAUCCAGCAAGCUCUAGCCACCAUGGGCUUCAUCCAACCUUCCAAGAUCCAAGAGCGCGCUCUUCCGCUUUUACUCAAGCAAACCCCGACCGAGAACCUGAUCGGACAGUCACAAUCAGGAACUGGCAAGACAGCCGCCUUCGUCAUCAACAUGCUGCAGCGCAUCGACUUGAGCUCCACCAAGGCACAAGCUAUCGUGCUGGCUCCGACACGUGAGCUGGCCAGGCAGAUCAAGGGAGUCGUCGAGCUCAUGGGCGUGUUCCUCAGACCUCAGGGCUUGCGCGACGUCUACGAAGCAGUGUCAGGCUCCGCUCGAACCAACGUCGAAGCCCAGAUCCUGGUCGGCACGCCGGGCACCGUCAUCGACCUGCUCAAGAGAAAGCAUAUCGACGGACGCGACAUCAAGAUCCUCACACUUGAUGAAGCGGACAACAUGCUGGACAUGCAGGGUAUGGGUGACCAGUGCAAGCGGGUGAGGCAGAUGAUCAGCCGUCAGGCCCAGCUCGUCCUCUUCUCUGCUACAUUUCCUCCUGCUGUGCUGGCAUUCGCAGAGCAGUUUGCAGCUGGCGCCAACCAAAUCACUCUCCAGGUCGAGCAGCUCACUGUCAAGGGCAUCCACCAGAUGUACCUUGACUGUAUGAACGACGAGGAGAAAUACAGAGCUCUGGUCAGCUUCUACAAGCUCAUGACGGUGGCUUCCUCGAUCAUCUUCGUGAAGCGUCGCGACACUGCCGCAGAGAUUGAGCGUCGUCUCAAUGCCGAAGGCCACAGCGUCGUUUCUCUCACUGGCGCACUGGAGGGCCCCGCAAGAGAUGCCGUGUUCGAAAAGUUCCGCAGUGGUGAAGCCAAGGUACUCAUCGCCACCAAUGUCCUCGCUCGCGGUAUCGACGUCCAGACCGUUACCAUGGUCGUCAAUUACGACAUUCCAGAGACUGUCGACGGCCAGCCUGACUUCCAGACCUACCUCCACCGCAUUGGUCGCACUGGUCGUUUCGGCCGCACCGGUGCUGCCAUCAGUCUCGUACACGAUAAGCGCAGCUGGCAGGGACUCAUGGCCAUCUGCAAGUACUUUGGGGUCCAGCCAGAGAAGAUCGAUCUAUCCAACAUGGACGAAGUCGAAAAGCACAUCAAGACCAUCAUGAAGAACCAACGUGCAGCGGUCGACGUUGAUAUGAGCUGA